AUGGAUGGGGAGGAUAGUUUUGUGGCUCUGGUCCAUUGCUCUGGAAAAAUUCAAAAGAGCAAACGCCACGGUGUGAAAUUCACAGAUAGAGAACCAGUUAGCAUUUUUAUUCGAUCUUCAAGUACAUUGGCAGAGAUUAAGCUCAGCAUACUACAGAAGCUCGGUACCUGUGGUACGAAGCAGGUUAAAAAGUUGUUUUACAAGAUUCCCAUUACUGUUGUGUCAACCGGCGUGCGGUUUGAGACCUUUGUGAUUGGGUCGGAUGAAGACCUGCAGGUCUUGUUUCACUGCAGGCGUAGUUUUUCGGAGGUGAGGAUACCUGAGAUGUUUGCGAAGUUGGAAGAUCGUGUGGAUAGCUCUGGGGCAUCAGCAUCGGGUCCUCAGUCGACCACACGGGGCGGUGCAUCGACAUCACUGCCUGUGGUAGCAGCGGUAGUUCUACCUCCCGAGCCAGAACGUGCUGAGGUUGAGUUUGAGGAUGGACCGGAUCGAUUUGAGAAUGCGCUUUGUGAUGAUGAUUCCGAUGAGGAGCCGCUCGAUAUUGGUGGGGACAGUGAAGAUGAUAUACCAAUAGGUGCAGCCCAUGGAGGUUCCGGUUCUGCAACACAAGAGUACCCUCCGCACUUGUCGUCUUUGAACUUGGAGGCCAUCGGUCAACACCAGAAUGUUGAGGCAACAUUCGAUGGACAGGGUAUGCAUGAUGGGACAGGUUUGACUGAAUUUUAG